AGCGCCAGCAGGUCUAAUCAGAAUCAGUCUGUGGAAACUUUUCGUGCCGUGCACUUUGUGGAACGGAACGGAUAAUAUAAUAUUUUUCCCUUUAGCGCGAGCUCUAAAAAGUAAGAGAACGUGUGUGACAGAGAGGGUGCGAGGGAGAGGGCACGAGAGUGUGCGAUAGAAAGACAGUGAAAAUCUGUGCGUGUACGAGAAAUCGAUAACAGCAGCUGAAGUGACAAAAUAAGAAGAGGAAGAUAAAAAGCGGGUGUGUGUGGGUGUCGGCAAAUGGAUUUGAUUUAAUGGAAAAGCCAAUAAGGAAAAUGCAACAGAGAGAAAAAUCUUGAAGUAGCAACGCAAUUGCAAUUGUACGUAAAAAAUAUAAAAUUUCGAAAAAAAAAAAACAAAAGAAAAAAGAAAAAUUCCCUUCCACAUGUACAUGAGUGAAAAUUUUGUAAACACAAAUGGUUUAGUGUGCGUGCGUGUUAUUCUCGCCGCGUAUUGGAAUUUUCGUCGUGCGGCGAAUAUGCGCCCGCGCAAAAGUAGAAAGUUUGUUUGUUGGCCUCUCUCGCCGCGGCGAAUAGAUACAAAUUUGUGCGCUCUCGCUUCAACGGCGAAUUGAGCGCAAGUGGCAGUUGGGAUUUCUCGAAUUGGAUUUCAGUUGAACUCUGGACGCGGCCGCGGAAAAAUCGUUUCGCCAGUGUUGUUACUUCGAAUUAUUUCGUACAUUUUCGUCCAUGUUUUCGUCUUUUUUUACCCAAGAUAACGAAAAGAGGCUACUAAGUGUUAGGAUUGAGUAAGAAGGCAGGAAGAUGCACCUGCAAAUCACGCACAAACCGGAAGAAUCGCAUUCGGAUAUGGAGACCACAUCCCCAGCAUCGCGGGAUAUCCGGCAGUUUCACGAUCUGAUCACCUGUCGACUAUGUCGCGGCUAUAUGAUCGAUCCAACAACAGUGGAUUAUUGUUAUCAUACGUAUUGCCGAAGUUGCAUACUCAAACACCUUUUGCGGACGGUCUACUGUCCGGACUGUAAGGCCAGUGGAGGCAAAGAAAUCACCGAAUUAAAUCUCAAAUCGGACGAUACGUUGCGAUCGUUGAUCUAUAAGUUAGUACCAGGCCUCUAUCAAAGGGAAUGCAAGCAGUUGGCGGACUUUGAAGAGCAGCAUGAGGAUCUGGUAGAUAAAGAAACGAAACACGAACAGGAGUUCUUCACCAGCACGGAACUUGUGAGCUUAUCCCUGGAAUACCAUCCCGCCAUGCUGCAUCAAUGUGGUCCUGGCGAGGUUCCACCCAAAAUUUACCUGCAAUGUGCCGCUGGGUUGCGAGUGGAGUUACUGAAACGGUUACUCUGCUCCAAAUAUAACAUCGACCCGGAAAACAAGUUGGUGGAAGUCGAGGUUACCUAUGAAGAUGAGGUUCUGCCCUCCAGGUUAACCUUGAUGGAUGUGGGAUAUUCUUAUAAUUGGAGUCGGCAAUCGCCCAUGGCCUUCUGCUACCGGAUUCUGCUUUACGAGAGUGAGCGAGCAAAAAACGAUGAGAACAACCUAUCCAGGAUUAACCAGGACAUUGAACCGGAGCACUCGAUGCGUCGCUCCAAGUCGGCCAAAUCAGUGACCUUUGCCGAGGAUUUGGAAUCUGAAAUGGAUUCCGUUUCACCGCGUUCCAAGGUGCGAAGUAAGACCUCACCGAAGGUGUCACCCUCGUCGAAAAACAAGCGAGUGUCCACGAGUAAACGGGAACCGGAACCGGAAAGUCCGGUCAGCACGUUCAAGAGUCUACGGAGCAACGAUAUGCGCUAUAGUGACUAUGCCGUAUCCAAAGUUAAGAGUGAACCGGAACAGGAGAUGGAUCUAUUGCCGCGGGAACGGGAACAACAGCCACUGGAGGCCAACACGAAUAUUGUGGUCAGCAUUCCUCCAUCGCAGUUGGGCAAAUCCUAUGGAGAUGCCGAGGAUUUCGAAUUGAAGACGGCAAAUCGAAAGGGAGUUGGUCAUUUGCCAAAGUUGAAGAUCGAACUGAAUAGUAUGAAGAGCAAGCUGAGUAUGCCCAUGUCGGCGGGACCGCGUCUGGAGGAUACCUGCUCGGCCAUCUCCCUGACUUCUUCGGCCCAACAACUUGAUCUGGAGACAUAUGCCAAGAAUAUUGGCCUAAAGCCCAUUGAACAGCCCUUGGCUCAAAGUGUUUGCCAUGUGACUGAUAGCAAAUACAGUCCCAAUGCCUCGCCCAUGUCCUCCUGUUCCAGUUCCACGAAUGGUUCCAGUUCUAGUUUGGGUACUGCUGAUGCCAGUACAUCGACCAGCUCAUCCAGUUCCCAUCGCAAGCGCAAAAAGAAGCACUCCAAGGAGCCCAAGGAUGCGAAUGGUAAGCGCAAGAAGUUGCAUGCAGAAAUCUCCUCGCAAACCGAUGGCAAGAUGAAGAUGAAGAUCACGGCCAAACCCAAUCAUAAGUUGGAUUUGAAGAGAUCGCAUUCGCUGGCCAGUGGAGAGCUGGCGUUGCAGCAACUGAAACUGGACAGUGGCAGCAACAGCACUUCGGAGGCUCUGAAUCGUACUUUGGGUGAAGAGGCAAGGAGUAUAAGCAGCCUAGUUGUGGGUGGAGCACCCACGCCACCGCCCACACCCACCACAGAACCAGAGCAGCAGCAACAACAACAGCAGGUUGUGUUACCUGCCAAAGCCAAGGACAUAACCCUGCCCACUUCGCCUCCUUUACCACCCAGCUUGUUCAAGGCCUUUACACCCAGCACAACACCAACUGUUCCACAAACUGUGGCAGGAAAACAACCCAAACAGCAGCAACUGCAACAGCUAACUCCGCAGCAACAUCAUCAAGCUGUUGUACAGCAAAGCCUAACUAAAACCAACCUCGCUAAACCGCCAUUGAGCAGCAAUAAUAAUCGCAAGCCAAACAACAGUGGACACUUUGUGGUGCCACAAGCGCCAACCAACCGGAAUAUGUACAACAUGCAACGCUACCUGUCCACGCCGAGUUCCAUAGCCAGUGCGGCCAACAAGCAGCCAAAGCGUUCCAUGUCCCUGGACGAAACGCAUCCGGCCAAACAGGCGAGAUUGAAUCAGGCUCAGGCCAUGGCCAGUUAUACGGCCAAAUUGCAUAUGCAGAAUAUUAACCAGGCCAAAACGCAAGCAGCUGCGUUUCUACCCAAUCCUCAGAUGAGAUCUUAUGGUCCUGAAAUGGCCAAUAAGUUGCCGCUAUUAUGUCCCGCCAACUUAAGUCUUAGCCUGCCCAAUUCGGCUCAAGUGACGAUUACACCAAGGCCGAGAACCACGCCAACUGGUUAUAGUUUUCCCGAACCCAAUAGCCAUGUGCCUGCCUUGGAAAUUGUACGAUUACCGGCAAAUAAGCAAAAUAUUGGUGGUAAGAACCUAACGAUGCCACCGCUAAGCCCGCCGGCAACGUCCAGUACGAAUCGCCUGAUGGGACCACCAGCGGCAUUGCCCAAACAUUGUCCAACAUAUAGUGCUGCGGCGAAGAGGACUAACAGCCAGUCACCGCCAAUGCCAAUGCCUUUGCCGAUGCCUAUGACCACGAUUCCAACGAUUGUCAAGUCGCCGCCACUGUCAGUUGCACUUAGUGGCCAAAGGAGCAACAAGAGCAACUCCAGCAACUCCAGUGCUUAUCGCACAUCACCGCCUGCAUUAAUAAAUCUGCGCAACAGCAACAGCGCUCCACACUCGUUUCCAUCAAAGUCGAGCCCAAAGGUUGAAGCCAAUUCAAAGAAAUCCCCGCCAGCAACCGGAGCAGCAGCGGCAGCUGUCUGCCAAGGCAAAACCAAUGGCACUGCCGCAUUGGACAAGUCCAAAACGAGUUUGCGCGAGUUUCGGCCAGCAGUUCAAGCGGCGUCAGCGGCGGCAGCGGCUGUGGCUGGAACAGGAGUAAACACGACCAAGGAUGCUGAUAUACUUGAUUUAUCAGCUAAUACGGGAAGGAGCAACAACAACAACAACAACAACACUACCGCCAAAUUGGCGCCCACAUCACCGCCCGCUGGCAGCAUCAACAACAACAAUAACAACAACAACAACAGUACGAGCAACAGUCUGGAGGCAGCCUUAAACAAAAUCAAACAGAAUAUAUCCGCCAACAGCAAUGGUGGACCACCACCAACCACCACCACCACGGCCGCCGCUGCCGCAUCGGGAAAUUCCAAUGGCAAUGGCAAUGGCAACGGCGAUGAUCUGCAGAAUCUCCAUAUGCUAUCGGAAUCUGCAACGGCCAGGGAAAAGAUCUCCAUAAAGACAGCUAGCAGUAGUACUAACAAUGGUAAUGGCAGCAUCACUAGCACUGCUAGCACUACUAGCACCACCAGCAGUAAACCCAAGAAUGCCAAUGCCUUGGUGAGGCCACAAAACGCUUCGGUCAGAAGCAUACCCAAUCCCUCAGCUUUAGCUUUUCGUAAUCAGCCAGCGACCAUCACAAAACCUCUAACUGUUCGAGCUGAGGAAAAGCCAAAGGUAACCAGCAGUAAUCCAGGAUUACUAAGCCCAACCAGCAGCAGCAGUGGUAGUAGCAGUAGCACAAAUAGCAAUUCGGGAUGCAGUGCAGCCACAUCGCCGCGGGCCAUGACCAAGAAACCAACGACCAUUGAUCAAGUGGCGGCCAAUUUGAAUAUUCGUGCCGAGGCCAAGGCAGCUGCUUUGGCCGAGGAGGCGCCACCAGUUCUCAGUUCCAAUGCAGCCAAGUCUCCGGAAUUGGCCAAAACAACGCCGACGCCGACAACGACGACGACGACGAACGUUUCGAGAACGGAACCCAAGGAGACGGCUAUUACCGUUUCGGCGGCCAGUACAUUGCUGCCCAUGCCUUCCGGCGUUUCCAGUGUGUCCGGCGGAGUACCGGAAUCGCUGGCCAAGCCGCCCGUGCAGAUUGCCAAUGCUCCGGUGGCGAGUUCCGCUUAGUCACAAGCGUUUCUUUGGCUGUGCGGAACGCAAAUGUAUCUUGUGGCGCCGCUGGAGAAUCUACAAAACACCAACAACAACAACAAUUGAGGUGAUGGACAAAAUGAAAUGUAAGCAAGAAAGCACAAAUUAGCCAAACCUCGCUCCCGAAAGAAAAAGUGCAAUUUAAUUAAACCGUAGAAAGGAGAUCGUAAGCCUUAGAAAUUAACCCGAAAUACACUCAAAGCUAAGCAAUAUCUACAAAGGCCAGCAGAUAGAUAUACUAUAUCUGUUCGUUGGGGAAACCGCAUCAUUUGCAUAUAUUUGCAAUCGAAUUAGUACGCGACUAAAUAAAUAAUCCAAGCAAAAUUUCAAAAAUGCCAGCAACAAAAAAGCAUUAAUAAAUAAUCCAAGAGAGAGAGAGAGAGAAGCGAAUAAUAAUCAAAAGCGCUGGCGUUUGUUGGCAUUUUUGAAAGCGGCAGCAACAACAAAAAUUAAUUAUAAAAUAUCAACAGCAAAUAUGUGUUAAACCGAGAUAAGGUCGAAAGUCUCUCAAACACAGAUACAAACAAACACAAACAAACACAAAACGCAUGCCUUUAAUAGAUAGAUCUUCGUUUGGCUUUGUUGCUUUGGUUUUUUGGGGGAAAGUCCAGCAGCCAAAAAAACAAACAAAAAACCAUAAUAAUAAAUAGCAAAAUUAUUUUCUAAACUGCGAUAGUAAAAACCGAAAAAACCACAAAGAAAAAAAACUGAUAGGAAAAGCGGAAAUCGCAUCGGGAAUAUUUGAUUACACACGCAGACACAUUGAAAAGUGUUUGGCCCCGCACAACACCCUUCGGGAAAAACUGGCACGAAGUGUGAAAAUUUGAUGGUGGUGGUGGUUAGCUAGCUAGCUGGCUGGUUAGAUUGUUCAGAGGAAUACUACCUACUUGCCUAUAGUAAAAGAUACAUCUAACCGAUACCCGAUACACACUCACGUUCUUCAACGGGCGAUAAAAUUUUAACGAUUUUGCGCCGCUUUGAGCGAGCGUGUCAGGCAUAAAGAUACAAAAACAAUACAUAUAUAUUAUUGUAUAAACAAAAGCAAACAAAAGCGGAAUAAUAAGAAAAUAACACUGGCACAUAUGCGUAUAUUUCUAUACAUAUAACCCAAUAUAGAUACAUAUACAUAUGCAUAUAUAUAUCUUGUAGAUACUUUUUUCGUAUUAGUUACGUUUAAUUGCAGCACGAAUUUUGUACAUAAAUUUCAAAUCGAAGCCCUGGCAAAAACAGCACUUGGAAAUGAAUUUUAAUUUUUAGAGCUUCGACCAAAUGAGAUACUAUAUAUAUAUACUAUAUACUAUAUAUAUAAUACACAAACACACACCCACACACAGAGAUAUUGAUAUACUCCUUCUUAUAUUUACGAUAUUCGUACACUGGACAAAAAGGCUUUAGGUUGUCGUACAUUUAUUCUCUUCUUGCUCUUAGCUGAUAUUCUUUUUGUUUUUGUUAUUAAUAAUAUUACAUAAUAUAUAUAUUAACUGUACAUACUUUAAGCCAAGAAAGAAUUAUAAAGUUUAUAUGAGGGAGAGAAAGGGAAACGAACAUUAGUUUCUUAGAGGAAUAGCUGGAUGGUGUGUAGCAUAUACAUGGUGGUAGAUCCACCCUUAUAUCAUUUUUUGAAACCCUCUCCCCCCUGCUGCCUGCUUUUUAACAGCAUCCCUCUUGAUCGACGGGAAAUUAACAUAAUUUCCAGGCAAUCAAACAAAUUGAAUGGCCUGCGGAUCGACCUCCAGCUAUUCCAAUAACUCUAACUCGACUCCUGAUUGUUGUAUAUUUAUUUAUUCCUAUUAUUGAGAUAUACAUAUAUACUAUAUAUAUAUAUAUCUAGUUGUAUAUGUAAGAGGAAGCGCUCGUCUCUUAUUUAAGCCAAUAUUGUACUGUUCGGACACCUUAACUAAACUAAAAACCUAAACAAUACUUAAAAUAUAAAGCAUAUAUGUUUAGAAAUCUGAUUGUAUGCACGUCUCUGUAUGUAAUAUUGUUAGAAAAACCCCUCGAAAUGUAAUCCAAAAUACACAUACACACACACACACACCCUCACACACACUAAGUUAAAUUAGCUGAUUUUCGAAAACAAUAAAAAAACAUGAAAAUGGAACACAGUGUAUAACAA